GAAUCAGACACAGGUAACUCAGAAAAAUAGCGAGGCAGAAUUUUUUUUCUGGGCUUGUCAUGGAGUUUGCGUAAAAGAAAACAGGGAUUUUUUUCCAAUUUUCUUUACCAGUUAAACCAGUAUCUCUGGAUAGAAAACGCUCAAGUACUUGAUCAGGUAGAGUCUUUGGUCGAAAUAUCUUUCGUGUCCUCUUGAAAGUAAUCUUUCUUUUCCCCUAUUGGUUUACUUGACUUCAAUUGAAUUUCCAGACCUUUUGUUUGCUUCUCUUAUCACUGGAAAAAGGUGGAUCCUCGUGUUAUUUUUAUUUCAUCUUUGCUUUUAAUUGUAGUUUUUACCCUUGUGGUCCCUGAUGGCUUCGCACAGUGAUACUCUGGUGGUGUUCUUUGGGGCAACAGCUGGUGCAAAUGGGGGUAAACUGGGUUCGGAUGAGAGGGAAAUAAUUCUCUUGGUGUGGCAAAUUGUGGAUCUACAUGAGAAAAAGGUUGGGAAACUUCAGAGACGUCUUGUGAAGCCCGACUCUUUGGAGUUGACAGACCAGAGUAAAGAGGAGACUGGGCUGUCUGUGGAGGAACUCUACAAGGUUGAACCUCUAGACAAAGUUCUGCAACAGUUCCAGCAGUCCGUCUCAGCGGAGUUGAAGGCUCUGGGCAGAAGCUCCUACACACUGUGUGUCGACGGGCCCCUCAUCAUACGACAGGCCCUUCACCCUGAGGCCUCCAAGAAGAACCUGGUCCUUCCGGAGUGUUUCUACUCCUUUGUGGAUGUGAGGAAAGAGUUUCACAAAUGUUGUCCCAAUGCUGGACAGGUCCAGGACUUAACACUGCAGUCUAUGCUAGAAUAUGUGUGCAUCCCAGAACUUCCCCUGUCAGAGCAGGUGAUGGGGCUGAAGGAGGUGAGGUGUAUGGUCCAGCUCUCCCUGCACAUCCUGGCUGAGCCAUACAACCACAAAUUCUCAUGCUUUGAAGCUGUGAAGUACAAGCUUGAAUCGGGAGCAUGCAGUAAGACCGAGCCAGUGGACAGUGAGACAGUGAUCAGAGCCAGGGGGUUGCCAUGGCAAUCCUCUGACCAGGACAUCUCCCGCUUCUUCAAGGGCCUCAACAUCGCCAAGGGUGGUGUGGCCCUCUGUCUGAACGCCCAGGGCAGGAGGAAUGGUGAAGCACUGGUUCGGUUCAUCAACCAGGAGCACAGAGACCUGGCCCUGGAGAGACACAAACACCACAUGGGCAGCAGAUACAUUGAGGUAUACAAAGCCACAGGAGAGGAAUUCCUCAAGAUCGCUGGAGGCACAUCCAACGAGGUGGCCCAGUUCCUGUCCAAGGAGAACCAGGUGAUCAUCAGGAUGAGGGGUCUUCCCUUCACCGCCUCUCCCCAGGACGUGUUGACCUUCCUGGGGGCCGACAGCCCCGUGACGGACGCCAGCGAUGGCCUACUCUUCGUAAAGUACCCUGACGGGCGACCCACAGGCGACGCCUUCGUCCUGUUCUCCUGUGAAGAGUACGCUCUGAAUGCCCUGAAGAAACACAAGCAGAUCCUGGGCAAGAGAUACAUUGAGCUGUUCAGAAGCACUGCAGCAGAGGUCCAACAGGUCCUGAACCGUUACAUGUCCACCCCUCUGAUCUCCACGCUGCCCUCCUCUUCCAUGGUCCCCAUGCCGGUCUUGGCCACGCCCCCCUACCUGGCGACUGGCAGCACGCGGGACUGUGUCCGUUUGCGAGGUUUACCCUACACCGCUGCUAUAGAGGAUAUACUGGAGUUCAUGGGAGAACACACUAUUGAUAUUAAACCACAUGGAGUUCAUAUGGUGCUCAACCAACAGGGUCGUCCCUCAGGUGACGCCUUCAUUCAGAUGAGGUCAGCUGACAGGGCGUUCAUGGUGGCCCAGAAGUGCCACAAGAAGAUGAUGAAGGACCGCUAUGUGGAGGUGUUCCAGUGUUCUACUGAGGAGAUGAGCUUCGUCCUGAUGGGAGGAACACUGAACCGCAGCGGCCUGUCCCCUCCACCCUGCAAACUACCCUGUCUGGCUCCUCCGGCCUAUGCUGCGUUCCCUUCUCCUGCCAUGCUCUCUGAGGCUGCUCUGUACCAGCCCCCCCUACUGGCCACCCCCAGAACACCCCAGCCCCCACACAGCCCCCACCCCACCCCCACCCUGGCCUACUACCCACCACAGCACCACCCUGCACAGCUCUACAUGAACAUGAACAUGAACAUGAACAUGAACUACACUGCGUACUACCCCAGCCCCCCAGUCUCUCCCUCCACGAUGAGCUACUUUGCGUCUCCUCCAGGGUCAGUAGCGUUAGCGGCCCAGCAGCCCCAUGCCCAAGGCCACGUUGCCUCUCCCAUGAUGCCCCAGCACGGCGCUCUAGUUAGGAUGCAGGGUCUGCCCUACAACGCCGGGGUCAAAGACAUCCUCAGCUUCUUCCAGGGAUACCAGAUGCUGUAACCAAAAUACAGGUAUUGGGUCUGUGUGAUUGGUUCUCUGCUUUUAUUCAGGUAAAUUCAUGAACACUUCCAUUGUUUUAACACCUCCCUAAUUUGAAAUGCAAACAGCCCCCAUUGUUUAACAACAUCCCUGCCAGUUAUUCACUGACAUGUAUAAAAGGAGUAUAACUGCAAAUGAGUUGGAAAUAAGGGGCUCAUAUAAACAUUGCCUUGUGGUAUGUUACCUGUAAAAAUACAUCUUCUGUCUGAUGUGGGUAUAUGUUUGUGCCUGUGUAACAGACUAGCAAAGCAGGAUGUUCUGCUAGUUUUACAGAGUUUAGGAGCUGUUGGUUAGAGUCCUGCAUCUGGUCAGCUCCCUGCGGUUGACUUGCAAAAAAAAUCAGCUAGCGGGUGCAAUGAAAAAGUUAUUUCAACCCACGGGUCGGCUCUCGGUUCAGAAUAAUUAUUUUGCUGAUCGGAAGCAUUUUAAAUCAAGAUAAUAUAUUUUUUUACAAACCCUGGAGCUUAUUGUGUUUUGCGAAUUCCAUUCUGUGAGCGGUGAGGCAGACAUGUAGGCUACCAGCCAUGCACGCAGUGGAUCAGGGAACUGUCCAUUGUGUGGUGCUGAACCUUGUGUUUUAUCCCCCCACGGGAAUACAUUGCCAAGUGUACUUUCCCUGGCUAGCCUAGCUCACGUGAAAAAGGCUAACGUAGGCCUAACCGGAGAAAUAAAAAGGUUAUGAAAUACACCAUAGUGGAAACGGGUGCUGCGUGAGUCAUUGUGGACCAGGACAACAACCCGGUAGAUGGAGUGGCUAUGCAGACAGCAAAACUUGCAAGCAGGUAUUUGUUUAAGGUGGGCCAAUUGAGUUUAAUAUCAGUUAAUUCAGGCUUUCGUUCAUUUGGACCAUACGCAGGCCAUAUGAAGUUUAAACUGGUGCGCUGGUUAAAGUUUGAGUAGGCUAUAGCCUAUAAAUGUAUUAUUGCAGCCUAUAUUCGAUACUUGAAAUUGUUUAAGUUUCAAUUCAACUAUUUGAUUAUCUAAAAAAUAUUGAAUGUAAUGGUUUUGUAAGCUGUAGGCAAUUCUAUGCAGGUGGAUCAGGUUGAGGAGAACAAUCUUUCGUCAGAUGGGGCUCUGAAUUGGUUUUGGGCGGGUGAGGCUCCAGAACUGACCCGUGUAGGACUCUACUGUCGGUACAUUGUAUGGCUUGUGUUACAUCAAAUGUUAUUGGUCGCGUACUUAAUUUGCAGAUGUUAUCACGGGUGCAGUGAAAUGCUUAUGUUUCUAGCUACAACAGUGCAGUAAUAUAAAACAAUACACACAAAUUAAUAAAUACCUGGACAAACUAUCCAAACCCUUAUUCAUUAAUAGCAUAUUUGUAUAAUUCCCCUACCUCAUGACAAAACCAGCUUUAUGUUUAACUACAAGCCUGUAGGCAAACCCAUCAUUCAGAAUUGAACAGUCAGUGUGCUCAUAUAUUAGCAACCAGAAUGCUUUACUGCAACACAAACCAUGGUUCAGCACUGCAGCAUAUUCAAUAAGGGACGUGUGCACUUGUGCUCUCCCCUUUUCUUGCUUCUCCCUCAUUGGCUGACUGGCU